AUGGGGGGUCACACUUCUGCAACAAACAAUUGGAAGCACUCCUUAUCAGAUAUGGAUUCACAAAAAGACUGGUCUAGGAAGCUAGACGAUGCUCUAUGGGCAUACAAGACAGCAUUCAAGACCCCCAAUGGGAUGUCACCAUACCAACUAGUAUUCAGCAAGGCUUGCCACUUACCAGUUGAAUUAGAGCACAGAGCUUUCUGGGCUCUAAAACUACUCAGUUUUAAUGAAAGGACUGCUGGAGAAAAGAGAUUGAUGCAACUCAAUGAACUAGAAGAGUUUAGAAAUCAAGCAUAUGAGAAUGCAAAAAUCUACAAAGAAAACACAAAAAGGUGGCAUGACCAAAAGAUAUCAAGAAGAGAGUUCUUCGAAGGACAAAAGGUGUUACUCUACAACUCAAGACUCAAGUUCUUCCCUGGAAAACUUAAGUCUCGAUUGUCAGGACCUUUCACAAUACUCAAGGUGUUUCUUUAUGGUCAUGUGGAGCUCAUGGAAGAUAAUACUCAGAGAACUUUCUUUGUCAAUGGCCAUAGACUCAAACACUACUUGGGAGACUCAUUGGAGGAGCAGAGAGUGAGCUACAAGCUCAGCUAA